CUGCAGUUGUCAACUUCUCACAUCGCUGAGAUCUGAAAAAUUAGGGAUUCUGAGACGAUUUUCAAAUGCACUUUUAUCUGAAGUUUUAGGUGAUCUGUAGUUUUCCUGUUCUUAAUUUUGAUAAAAUGGAGAUUGAUUCAGCAGCGAUCAGUCGAUGCUCUACAGAACACCAGAAGAUCUACAAAAUUUGGUUCAGUGCCGCGGAUUCAGAUGGCGAUGGACGUAUCACUGGCGGUGAUGCCACGAAUUUCUUUGUUAUGUCGAAUUUAUCUCGACAGGAUCUCAAACAGGUGUGGGCAAUUGCAGAUUCUAGACGACAAGGUUUUCUUGGCUUUAAAGAGUUUAUUACUGCAAUGCAGCUGAUCUCUAUGGCACAAGCGGGACAUGCAUUAAGUAGUGACCUCUUAAAUUCUGACGUUGAUUUUGAAAAUCUGAAACCACCGGUGAUGGACGGACUGGAUGUCUUACUAGCUAAGAAAAAGCGUCCAACAAGUGAUUCUGAAUCAAAUGGUAGUUCUCAGAUGCAGACUUCAUCACCAUCUAGUUGGUUUACUUCGUCAAAAUCUGCAAAGAAGGUUCCCUUAACUGCCGUUACAUCAAUCAUUGAUGGCCUUAAGAAGCUGUACAUUCAGAAGCUGAAACCUUUAGAAGUCACAUAUCAAUUUAAUGAUUUCGUUUCUCCCUUAUUGACCAACAGUGAUUUUGAUGCCAAACCCAUGGUGAUGCUUUUGGGUCAAUAUUCAACAGGGAAAACAACAUUCAUCAAGCAUUUGCUUAGAAGUAGUUAUCCAGGAGCUCAUAUUGGACCUGAGCCUACUACAGAUAGAUUUGUUGUUGUUAUGAACGGACCAGAUGAGAGAAGUAUUCCUGGAAAUACUGUUGCUGUUCAAGCAGACAUGCCAUAUAGCGGUUUAACUAAUUUUGGAACUGCAUUCUUGUCGAAAUUCGAGUGUUCUCAAAUGCCACAUCCGCUGCUAGAGCAUAUUACGUUUGUGGACACUCCUGGAGUUUUAUCAGGAGAAAAGCAAAGAACACAGAGAAGCUAUGACUUCACUGGUGUAACUUCUUGGUUUGCUGCAAAGUGUGAUCUAAUCUUGCUUCUCUUUGAUCCCCAUAAACUGGAUAUCAGUGAUGAAUUCAAACGUGUCAUAUCAUCCUUACGAGGAAAUGAUGACAAAAUACGUGUGGUCUUGAACAAGGCUGAUCAAGUUGAUACCCAACAACUGAUGAGGGUGUAUGGAGCCCUAAUGUGGUCCCUUGGUAAAGUCCUAAAUACUCCGGAGGUUAUGCGUGUUUACAUUGGUUCCUUCAAUGACAAACCUAUAAAUUCGGUCACUGCUGGACCAAUUGGGACAGAGCUGUUCGAGAAAGAGCAGGAUGAUCUUCUUAGUGACUUAAAAGACAUACCUAAGAAGGCUUGUGAUCGCAGAAUCAACGAGUUUGUGAAACGCGCUAGAGCCGCCAAGAUUCAUGCUUUCAUUAUCAGCCAUCUUAAGAAAGAGAUGCCUGCCAUGAUGGGCAAGGCUAAAACUCAGCAGAAACUCAUCGAUAACCUAGAAGACGUUUUCGCAAAGGUUCAAAGAGAGCAUCAUUUACCAGCAGGAGAUUUCCCAUAUGUAGAAAGCUUCAGGGAGAGAUUGAGUGGUUAUAAUCUCGACAAAUUUGAAAAAUUGAAGCCUAAAAUGAUACAGACGGUCGAUGAUAUGUUGGGUUAUGAUAUUCCCGAUCUUUUAAAGAAUUUCAAAAAUCCGUAUGAUUAAAGUUGGUCGGGUGUGAUCGGUUUGAGGAAAAAGGAUCCGUUUAUCGACCAUGUAAUAACAUAUGUAGACGUUCAUAUAGUGUAGUAUAGCAUGUACCAUGAUACUGGACAACAUUAUUCCAUGAUGAAUUUGAACAUGCUAUUUAUUUGCUGC